CGUCUAGCUUUGACCACUAAAAUCAAGUUGGUGGCUGCUCUCUUCUCUAUGGUUCUGAUUAAGCGACGUAUAUACAGCAGAUACAUGUCAUAUGCUUAAUCAAAGUUGCAAAAAUAUUGCACGAUAGUAUACUCUUAUACUUUAUACAAGCUGAAAUAUUGCAAAAAUUUUGACACAUUGUAAUAUCGCAUAGAUUAUCACAAUGCAACUAACAAUCCGUGGGCAAGAAACUACUGUUGUCGAGUGUCAAGGUGACGAGAAAAUUCAACACGUGAAGGAAAGAAUUGCCUGUCUUCAAGGUUUACAAGCUGAAUUUCAUCUUUAUUGCAAUGGAGCUUUAUUGCUAGAUGAGACUCGUGUUAAUGAACUCCCAUUGGAUACUCUUGAAUUGACCGUACCAUUAUUAGGAGGAAAAGUUCAUGGUUCUUUGGCACGUGCUGGGAAAGUAAAAGCACAAACACCAAAGGUUGAGAAGCAAGAGAAGAGUAAGAAAAAGACUGGCCGUGCUAAACGACGUAUACAGUACAACCGUAGGUUUGUCAAUGUUGUUCAAACCUUUGGCCGCCGGCGUGGACCUAAUGCUAACACAACCUCUUAAGAAAUGUAUAUUGUACUAUUACCUAUUAUUUAGGUACCUUCCGAUAACCUAAUCUAAUCUAACCUUCUAAAAUUAUAUUUAUUAAGGUAAAAUAAAAAUGUCCAUUUAUUAUAAUAAAAUCAUAUAACUAAAAUAUAA